GAAUCAUUAGUUUACGCAGCCCGAAGCAGCUCGCAGCAGCAGCAGCAGCAGCGCAAGCGAUGCAUCCAUUCCUGAUCCUCCAAGCUGCCAAUUCCGAGGGCCGACAUUUAUCCCAUGCCAAGGGGAUCCGACAACGAUGCCAACCCUUGCCGUCCUCCGCCAUCGAAACCGCAGCUGCAAAAAUCGCGUCCCCCUUCGCUCUUCCAUCUCCUCCUCCUCUCCAUUAUUUCCCGGGAAAAUUCCACGCGAAAAUUCGCCCACGGGCUCUGUUCUUUCUGAAGAAAGGGAAGUACACUGAGAAAACACUUAAAACGGGACAGCGGCGCAGCUACUUGUGUGCUCAUGCUGUGCUGCUGCGGUUGUGCUACAGAGCUACCUCAUAAAGCUUCUUGCAUCUGCUCCUUUUUGAGCGGAGGUUGAGGUUGGGGGGUAGUAGAAGUAGAAGGCGGCUUCGCAGUUCGUGCAGGGCUGCUCGAGCGAAGCCUAUAUUCAGGUAGAGUCCAAGCUAGGAAGAGAAGGGAAACGUUCACCGGGGCCGAAUCGUGACGACAUGGACAGCAAUGCGAGGCCAGCGGUGAACCAGAAGAAGCCCAUCGUCACGGACGACGACCUCGUGGAGCUGCUGUGGCACAACGGGAGCGUCGUCGCGCAGGCCCAGGCGCACCUGCGGCCGGCGCCCUCCGACCGCUCGGGCAGCAGCGGCCUCACCGGCGAGGAGACCGCCGCGUGGUUCCCGGACACCCUCGACGACGCGCUGGAGAAGGACCUGUACACGCAGCUCUGGUACAGUAGCAUCGUCGACGCCGCACCGCACCACGGGGACACGCUCCCGGGCCCUAGCUCGCCGCCGCCGCCGCCGGAGCUGGCGCACCCGGUGACGCCGCCGGUGGGGAGCAGCGGCGUCGAGUCGAGCUGGGCCGGCGACAUCUGUUCGACCUUCUGCGGCAGCAACCAGGUGCCCAGGACGCCGGCAGGGGUCAACAGGGGAAAGGACGCGUCAUUGCAGUCGGAGGUGCCGCGCGGCGCCGGCCCCGGUACAUCGUCGUCCGGCGGGUCCGGAAGCAACUAUGGGGGAUCCGGGCUGCCGAGUGACAGCGGCCACGUCCAGAAAGGGAAGGGGAUGUGUAGAGACGACUCGGAUAGUCGGAGUGAGGAUGCCGAGUGUGAGGCAACUGAGGAGGCCAAAUCAUCGAGGCGAUGCGGGACGAAGCGCAGGACUCGCGCAGCUGAAGUUCAUAAUCUCUCUGAGAGGAGAAGAAGAGACCGGAUCAAUGAAAAGAUGCGCGCCUUGCAAGAGCUGAUACCGCACUGCAACAAGACUGACAAAGCGUCGAUAUUAGAUGAGACAAUUGAGUAUCUGAAGUCCCUCCAAAUACAAGUUCAGAUCAUGUGGAUGACUUCUGGGAUGGCACCGAUGAUGUUUCCUGGUGCUCACCAAUUCAUGUCACCAAUGGCUCUAGGCAUGAAUUCAGCUUGCAUCCCUGCAGCACAAGGCCUAAGUCAGAUGCCAAGAGUACCAUACAUGAACCUUUCCCUGCCAAAUCACAUCCCUUUGAACUCAUCUCCAGCUAUGAAUCCAAUUAAUUCACCAAGUGCCGCAAACCAGAUGCAAAAUGUUCAUCUCAGGGAGGCAAGUAAUCACUUCCUUCACCCAGGUGGCGGGCAAACAGCAACACCUCAGGUACCUGGAACCCAUGCUUAUGGACCUGAAAUACCACAAGCUGAACAACACAAUAGGAUACUGGAAGUGCCAGCUAGUACUGUCGCGCCAACCUCUAUGUCAGGACAACCGCGUACUUAUGGUGGAGCUUAAAAUGACCAAUCUUGUAAGGUGUUGCACCGAUAAAACUGAUGAUGCAUAGAUAACUCAAGAUGUAUAUCACUACAUAUGCAUAAAGAAGUGCCAGCAGUGUAUGCAGCCAUUUUUUGACAUCGAAACUAUUAAGUUAUUAGGAGUCUAUUAUAGGUAUCAAAGGAAACUGUCUAGCUUCCAUAUUUUAACGGUGGAACUUCCGAACUUGAGCUGCAUACCGUUGCACGGUACAGUGUUCAAGAGUGAAUGGAUGAGUAUAUAUGAAGAUAUCCUAUUUGAACGAUGCUUUUAG